GGGAAAUUAUAUUUGUUUUCUAAAAUUUUUAAUAAAUACAACAUUGUUUUUUUAACAGUUAUAAAUUGAUAAAAAUAAAUAUGGAUGAACCAAACGCGUCCGCGUCCAAUAAUAACAAUAAUUGGAUACGAUGCCAAUCAAAGAGCCGCCCUGGUCAAUUUUAUAUGUUCAAUAAGAAAUCAGGAGAAACUCGCUGGUGCACCACAUCUCCAUCAUCAUCACACAAAACGCAGCAAAAUAUUUUAGUUCAAAGCAACAUGAAAACUCCAGCACAAGAUCGUCUUAAGCGCCUUCAAAAGAAUUUAGAGAAAACAAAGCACAAAGAUUCGUCAGUGGUAAAGGCAAAAGAUGGUUCAAAGAAUAAAAGAUUGGACUUUUCCUCCAAUAAGCAAAUCGACAAACCCCCAAAAUCCUCCUCGAAAAGCAGCAAAAUCCCUAAAGAAUCAAUCGUUUCGCAUAAAACCACCGAUAAACCACAAAAGAACAACGAAGGUGCACCUGUUGCAGCUGAGAAAAAGAACACGAAUUCCCAAUCGGAUAAGAAUAAGUUCCGUAUUCCCAAAAAGCCACCUACCGAUCUAAACGAGCGGAAAGCUUCCAAAAGGAAGGCAGCAAAACGAAAACAUAAUGAUGUCGUCAAUUCAAUAUGUACCUCUUCUUCAUCGGUUGCAAUUCCAACCGAACAGCUCCCCAAUAACCCAUCUUCCAGUUUAUCGUUACAUCCUAAAAGAGACAAUACAAACGUUAGUAGUCCAAAGAAAAUUAGAACUUCAAGCGAGUUCGAUGAAAAGAUAUCGCUAGUCACUGAAGAGAAGCCCAAAUGUGACCUUAAUGACAACAUAGAGCCAUCCAAUGAGCAGACGUCAAGCAUCAUGUCAGUGAUUAAGGACUUCUGUUCGAGUUUAUUUAAAAAAGCAGAGCCUGUUAACAAAGUGAGAGAAUCGAAAAAGCCUUCUAAUCUCUCCCACAGGUCCAGGACUUCGUUCAAGAGCAAACAGUCUGUACCAAAAACUUCCUCACAAAAUAGCCAUUCUGAAAACCUCCUACCGAGUCCUCAAUUUAGUACCAAUUCCAGCCCACCUAGUUCCACUUCAACAGGAAUUGCUAAUGAUAGACUGCAACGGUUACGACAAUCUUUGCAGCAUCAAAGUACUAUUCCUGAUCGACCACAGCCGAUACUGUCUCCCAUGUCGUACAGUCUAGCUACUAGCCCAAGAAACGAUAGUGUGUGCUCUUCAUCUUCCUCUCAUUUUGAGUGUGAGUCAAUGGACUGGCAACCAAUUUGUGAAGAUUUUUCUUUUUCUCUGAAUAACGCCAACACAACCUCGCCCUCUGUGUCCAACCAAAGCUUAUCAAAUGUGUCCACGCAAAGUGAGCAUCGAGAUAUUAUCAACGAAAAUCUUCUUCGAUUGGCGGCAGACAAAAACCAACAGAAGCAAGAGUGGAGAACCGAUUAUUUCUACUUUGUUGUCGACACGAAUGUUUUUCUCGAAAAUGUUACGUUUGUCGACGAAUUGACAACGAUGAAACUUUGCGAUACUGAUGGAACUGUUAUUUACAUACCGUAUUGUGUACUACAGGAGUUGGAUAAAUUGAAAAUCCGUUCACCGAGUGAAAGUAUUAAAACUCGUGCCACAAGAGCCAUUCAUUAUAUUAAUAAAGCCUUUGAAAAAAGGAUACAACACAUUCAAGCUCAAAGUUCUUCUGAUGAAAAUAAACAUUUGAUUAAAGUAACUUCACCAGAUGAUAGCAUUUUGAAUUGUUGUUUGCAAGUCAAAGAACACAUAGAUAAUGUUAUGCUCUUAACUGAGGAUAUUAAUUUGAGAAACAAGGCUUUGUGCAGUGAUAUUUUGGUAUCGACCAAGAGUGAUCUGAUAUCGAAACAUGAAAGUCGAUUAUGAAAUAUCGAGAAAAUGUUAACUAAAGCUAAGUAUUUUGUUGUAAAUAUGUACAAAAGAAUUUCUUAGUCUGCUAUGGUUUUUUUUAAGACGAAUAAGAAAAUAAUUAUGUUAAAAAACUCAGCUGGACUAUUGGAAUUUCAAAAAGAAAGAACUGUGAGUGCUAAAAACGUACAUGUAUUUAUCAUUUUCUUUUCCAAUGACAAUAUUUAUUUAUGUUAAUACUGUUUUAUAGUAUAAAGAAGGUUACUAGUAAAUUGAAGUUGAAUAUACUUAACUGUUAAAAGUA